UGGGCCGUCCGCCCGCGCGCGCGGCGGCGGAAGCGGGGUCCUCGCCCCCAGCCCUCGGACCGGCCGUGGUUUCCCGACGCCGGAGACCGGUUGCCUAGGCAACGUCGUGAGGCUGAGUGAAGCCAUGAAUCAGGUGCCGGAGGUUUUUCCGAAGAAGCUGUUGGACUUGCAGGCACCUUCCGGGCAGGAUCAGUUGGGAUUACGAUUAGGCAUGUGGUACUGGAAAGAUGAAACCAAAACUCUUGAAUUCAGAAGUUUUAUACCUGCAGUAGAAGUCAAAGAAAAAGGAAAGAAAGGCAAAGCAGUUCACUUUGCUGAAAUUGAUGGUCCAGCUUCAGACAGGUUGACAGAAAAAAGGUUGGCUUCAAGAGAUGCUAAGUCAGCUCAAGCCUUGGAGAAACGAGGUCAGCGGGGCAACGUUACACUGCAUGAUGCUAAAUUUGUUGCUUUGGUUUUGCUACAAGAGACUGAGAUGCAGCGUAUCUAUUCUUUCACGACAUUUAUGCGGAAUAAGAAUCUUGACAAUUUCCUUGUGGCAUUAUUGCACUAUUUAUCUCAUUACUUGGAAAAGAUCUCACUGGAAAAGAAGCCCAAAAGCUAUAUGGUGGGCCUUGUAGAGAAAAAGAAGAUGGACUCGGUUUUAAGUCAGUUAGAAGCGGCACAGAAAUACUUGGCACAGAAGUACUGUGUCCUCGUCCUGGGUUUGGGAAUGCCCGAUAAGCAUCACAUGUGCUGCGGAAAGGAUAAAAUAUCAGAUACACAAAAAGACUGGAAAUUCUUUGAGUCCUUUUAUACUUUCUGUACAUAUGUAGCUUGGAUUGUCUUCCGACGUCAGCACUUCACAGAGAUUGAGGAAGAAAUAGGGAGGCUCUUUCGUACCAAUAUGUUUAAUAUUCCUCGAAGGAAGCGUGAGGAUGAAGAAUCAGGAGGGGAAAAGAAACGCAUGACUUUUGUACAAUUCAGGAGAAUGAUGGCAAAACGCCCGGCGAUUAAAAAAGCCAUUAACAUGCGCUCUCCAGUCAUGUCUACUCUGCUGCCAUCUCUCAGAGAAAAAGCUCAGAGUAUCUUUGAGAAAAAGUAUCAUCAAGGAGACAUCCCAGCACAGAUGCAUGCGGACAUGGAAAGUCAGGAUUCUGUGCACAUGCCCACUGUUGGCAUCUUGGGAGAGCCUCGGUGUCUAUUCAACCCCCACACCCUUCUCCCGCUUGACCCAGAAGAAAACAUGAAAUUGUCUAUGAGAAAGCUUUCCCUGAUAGAAAGAAAUAACAUGAAGAUUCAGGAUACACUGGACUUCGUCAUGAGAACACUGUCUCGCCACUCACACACCGUUCUCUAAAUAAUCUGGUACAUUCCAUUUCUGUAAUUAAGUCCUUGUAUUUGAAGUAAACUACUUUGACUUUAUCUAGAACUAGUAUUUGUUAUGUUUUAAAUUGUUCAAAUCACUUUGUUAAAAAUUCAACAAUAGACUAUUAAAGAAUUCCAGAAAGUUCUAGAAAAGAUCAUUUUCCUAUAUUUAAUAGUUUGCUUUGUCACUUAUUUACUUCCUUGGCUUCUGUGUGACUAUUUAGAGAAAUGUAAAAGACAUUUAGCCAGUGUUCUAGAGGGCUAGUGAAGAAACAUUCUGUUUAUUUCUGAGUUCCUUUUUACUUUAUAUGAGAGUGUCUUUUGGUAUGUUUGA